AGUGCUGAGAGCUUCUUUAAAAGAAUUUUUGUGCCGCGUUCUUUGUUCAUCUGACAUGCCUCGGACAUAUGAUGAUGAAUUAAAGUACCUUGAAAGGCUCUCUCCAUAUUCAUGGAGAAUAAAAAAGGGUUUCGUGAAUAAUAUGAAGCCCAAGGUUGAGGGAAUAUUUUAUGUAAAUUCUCUGCUAGAAAAGCUCAUGUUUGAUGAGUUGAGAAAUUUUUGUCGGUCUGGGGAUUAUGGUGGCUUCCUCCCAGGAAUGAAGCAAAUAGCUAAUGUUGCAUCUCUUCCAGGGAUAGUGCAUCGCUCUGUUGGAUUACCAGAUGUUCACUCUGGCUACGGAUUUGCAAUCGGUAAUCGUUCACCCACAAGCUUUUUAUAUUUGCCAUCUAUAUUUUACUUGCCUAAAACCGUAAUUUGUUACUCAUAUUAUCGUCCACCGUUCAUUUAA